UUUAUGAUCCUGUGAUGCGAAAUGAGAGGACGUGUUGAGCAGCAGACACGCGCAGCUCACAUCAUCACCCCUCCCUCCCAUCAGCUUCAGUCGAACCUGCUGCCGUUACUUCAGUAUCUGUCACCGGUCCUUUGUGCAUCUGAUCCAAAGGAAUAGCAAGAUCUCUUGCCUCGGAAUUCUUGCGCAUUUUCAUACAGCCCGUGUGCCUCUUCAUCAUGGAUAUGUUGAAGAAAGAGAGGAAAGGCAGGAAUGUAAAAGGCGUACUGAAGAGAAACUGGAUUCUCUUAGCAACCAUCACAUCAGUGAUACUGGGAAUUUUGCUUGGAGUAUUGGUACGAGACUACACCUCUCUGUCCAAUCUUGAAAAGCAGUACUUUGGCUUCCCAGGAGAAAUCCUGAUGAGAAUGUUAAAGCUGAUCAUCCUGCCACUCAUCGUCUCCAGCAUGAUAACAGGAGUGGCAGCACUGGACUCUGAGAUAUCAGGCAGGAUUGGUCUUCGUGCAGUAGCUUAUUACUUUACCACUACCAUCAUAGCCGUCAUUCUAGGAAUCGUUCUUGUGACGACUAUAAAACCUGGGAUCUCCCAGAAUGCCGAUAAUAUGGAGAGAGAAGGAAGCACUCCAAAUGUGAGCACUGUUGACACCUUGUUGGACAUCCUUAGGAAUAUGUUUCCUGAAAAUCUUGUGCAAGCCUGUUUUCAACAGUAUAAGACACAGCGCAAAGAGAUUGAACCAGCGCCAAAUAACAUCAACACAACUCUUACCACUACAUUUCCACCGUUGACUACAAUCAUCACAACUGUUGCACAGAACUUGACCAAAGACUAUAAGAUUGUUGGAGCAUAUGCAGAUGGGAUCAAUGUUCUUGGUCUUAUCAUAUUCUGCGUGACCUUCGGCCUGGUCAUUGGCAAGAUGGGUGAAAAGGGACGCAUCCUACUCGAUUUCUUCGAUGCUCUGAAUGAGGCCACCAUGCGAAUUGUUCAAAUUAUUAUGUGUUAUAUGCCUGUGGGAAUUUUGUUCCUAAUUGCUGCCAAGAUCAUUGAGGUGGAAGACUGGGAAAUCUUCAAGAUGAUGGGAUUGUACAUGGUUACAGUGCUCAGCGGACUAGCCAUCCAUUCCAUGGUGUUCCUCCCUUUCAUAUACUUCGUGGUUGUGAGGAAAAAUCCGUUCACCUUCUCUCUGGGAAUGACACAGGCACUGGUCACAGCACUUAUGAUUUCCUCAAGUUCGGCCACCUUGCCGGUCACCUUCCGAUGCGCAGAGGAAAACAACCGGAUUGACAAGAGGAUCACCCGCUUUGUGCUUCCAGUUGGCGCCACCAUCAACAUGGAUGGUACUGCACUUUAUGAAGCCGUUGCUACCAUUUUCAUAGCUCAGUUGAACAACUACGCACUGGAUGCAGGGCAGAUUGUGACUAUAAGUAUUAUGGCAACGGUAGCCAGCAUUGGUGCUGCAGGUGUUCCUAAUGCUGGACUGGUAACCAUGGUGAUAGUGCUUACAGCAGUGGGCCUUCCUGCCAGUGAUGUCACCCUCGUCGUUGCUGUUGAUUGGCUGCUGGAUCGCUUCCGUACCAUGAUCAAUGUCCUGGGAGAUGCAUAUGGAGCUGGAAUAGUCCAGAAGCUGUCCAAGCGAGAACUGGAAAGGAUGGACCUGACGUCAGACGUGGAUGCGGUCAACCCAUUCGCGCUGGAGACCACGCUGGACGACGACGAGUGCGAGAAGAAGUCGUACGUCAACGGUGGAUUCGCCAUCGACAAAAGCGAUGCCAUUUCUUUCACCGAAACCUCACAGUUCUAGAGGUAAGCGUAAGUCGCUCCUAGAAAAUGUGACAUCGCUAAAAGGAGGGCUCAGAGAUUUAGGAACCAUCCCUAACUUCAGUGCCAUGGUAAGGACUCAUUACAGGAGGCAUGAUGACUGAGCGCAGGCAUUAGCAAUACCUGCCCAGGCUGUACUCCUUCCUUCAUUUGUCCUAACUGUGCCCUUGAACUUAUGUGUGCGCUAGACAAGUGCGAAAAUACAUCAAGGAAAAAUUUAAACAACUUCGUGCUUCCACAGUUCAUGUUGCCAACGAUUAUGCAAAUACAGUUACUUUGUUUCUUUUGCUGUUGUUUCGCACUAACCAAUUGCUUUAUAGCUUUUUAGAGGCAAGUACAUAUUUCGAGCUCCGUGCAGUAUCGCACGUUUAUGGAUGUUAGAAAAUCGGCAGAUUAGUGUACAGUGUGCAACAGAAAGCAUGCUAUUAACCGGACAAUGUUAUUAUAACACAAACAUCGUUGACUGACGCUUUUUUGCAAUUUAAGGUUUUCUUUUGUUUAUAAUACUGUAUUUGCACCUGCUAUCGAAAGCCAGCUUUGCGUGUUUUUCGUUAAAAAUUAGUGCCAUACUUAUUGUGCCAAAAUGAAGGGAAGAUUUGUACACAAACUUUUGAAAUGAAACUAAAUAUUGCAUGUAGCGAAAACAAGCAAAUCUUUGUUACACUUUCAAAUUAUUUUGUCAAAAUAACAUUAAGGGUGGCAAGCCUUAAUUGUUUCUUCUGUAAGCCACUGAUUUAAUUUUUUUUUUUUUUUGACUCAUUCUAAGGAGUGCCAAAUGGAGUGCCAAAUCUAUGCCUCCUUUUUAUUUUAUAUAAUAUUCUGUGUUGCAUCAGAAAUGACAGAAAACUAUAAAUGUGAAAUGAGUUUGGGUUUCUGAAACUAAUCUGACACCAUAAAGCACAUUAUUGUAAUAAUGUAUUAAUACAAUACAAUAGCCAAAUUAGUUCAUACUGUAUAAUUCAGCAAGUACUGUAUGUGUAUCCAUAAAACAAUAAAGACAUGUCGACACCUGAAAAA